GUCCGUGCACAUGACCGCUACCCCUCUAGGAGUCGCCUCGACUGUCUAAUAUACAGCAAUAUAAUCCGGUGCCUUACUUACAUACUCCGUACACAGAACGACAUUCUACGACCGCCACCCGCUGCAUCCCCAACCGCCGCAUAGAACCGGCCUCGUACCGUAUCAGCGUUUCUCUCCUUGGACCGCCAUUAUUGUAUCCUUAGCUACACGAGACAUUCUUUAGCGCACAAGAGCUGCGCUGUCCUGUCUGACAAGAUGGGCAACACCACGAGUACUGUGCUGGACAACAUUGUCCAAGGAUCCAACUUUGACAGAGAGGAGGUCGACCGGUUAAGGAAACGGUUCAUGAAACUCGACAAGGAUAACUCCGGCACAAUCGAGCGCGACGAAUUUCUCAGCCUUCCUCAAAUCUCCUCCAACCCUCUUGCGACACGAAUGAUUGCCAUCUUUGACGAAGACGGCGGUGGCGAUGUCGACUUCCAGGAGUUCGUCUCCGGCCUGAGCGCCUUCAGCAGCAAGGGCAACAAGGAGCAGAAGCUGCAGUUCGCGUUCAAGGUCUACGACAUUGACCGCGACGGCUACAUUAGCAAUGGCGAGCUCUUCAUCGUGCUCAAGAUGAUGGUUGGCAGCAACUUGAAGGACCAGCAGCUGCAGCAGAUUGUCGACAAGACGAUAAUGGAGGCGGACCUGGACAAGGACGGCAAGAUUAGCUUUGAGGAGUUUACCAAAAUGGUGGAGAAUACGGAUGUCAGCAUGAGCAUGACUCUAGAUCAAUUUUAAAUGUGCGUUGAAAGGGGGUGAAAAGCGGCGUUGGUCUCGGGUAGACACCGCCAGGAAAGCGAUUUGUGGAUAAUGGAAAUAUAGCAGUUAUGAUAAUGAAUAUCUACAUUCAAUUUCUCCUUCAACCAUGGCGGCGGACGUGACUCGCAGCUGGGAAUGGGUGUCGCAAUUGAUCGAUGCUAAUAGCCGUUAUGAUUUGGUCUUGAUAGUGGUUUGAGCCUCCUUCUCCUGGAUCAGGCACUUGAC